GCCCGCAUCGCCCGCUCACCCCUCUCCCCUUUUCCAACUGACUGCAUCCCCCACCUCACCAUGUCUGCGCCAGCAGGCGUCCCCAUCGCCGCAGCACCCAUUGACUCCGGCGCUGCUGUACCCGGUGGUGGUGCCGCCCCUCCAAAUGCCGUUCGCCCUCCACCACCAGUAUCCACAGGCAGCGACAAGAAGCGUAAGGCGCCCCCCUCCAGCGCUGGUCAGCCAGCACGCAAGGAUAGGCCAGGCUCGUUGACAGAGGAGGACAGCAGUGCUGCGGCCGCAGCGGCCGCCAGUCUCGCCGCUUCCAAUGCCCAGAGCGCUACCAACUCUGGAACAGCGACACCGGCCACCGCCGCCAAUGCCGCGGGCGCAGGCGCACCAGCCCAGGCUUCUGGACGCCCACGCGAAGCCAAGCGCACGCGCGUACACUUCUCAUGUGUCGAGUGCCAUCGCCGCAAGCAAAAGUGCGACCGCAAAGAGCCGUGCUCGCAAUGCGUGGCUCGCCGCGUACCGCAUCUCUGUCGCCCCUUCCUUAACGGAGUCGAGGACCCUAACGCCAACUCUGAUGUGCAUGCACGCCUCACGACCAUCGAGGGCAUGCUCGCGCGGUUAACACAGGUGAUCCCACAGGCGAUUGCAUCGCGCGGGUUCAGCGACGGCUCGAGCCCAGACGUCUCCAGUCUCCCUGUGGGCGAGGAUGUCUUCCACCCUCAAAGCGCACCACAACCAGAGCCUCCACGACAAGCCUACGCUCAUAAACCUCCACCGUCGGGCCUCUUCCCCGCCAGCCUGUCUACCAGCACACCUGUUGGAAGAAGCGGGUACGGAUGGGGUCUGCGCGAGGGCCGCAUGAUCAACCUCACCGUAGAGGACAAUGCCGAGCUGCGCGAUGUGCUUCUCACCCUGCGCGAGUCUGGUAUCACCAAGAACCACCUCGAGUGGCUCAUUGCGGGCGUUCCUGGUCGCCGUAUGGCCGACGCCCUCGUCGAGAUGUACUUUCGGGACAUUGACUGGACCCGGUACAAAAUCAACCGGCCAACCUUCGAGCGCAGGUAUCAGGCGUUCUUCGAUUCGAUCGGACGCAGCCCCACCAACCCCAAGAUUGACGCAGACACAAUCAAAUGGAUUCCACUCAUGUUCAUUGUCCUUGCGAUUGCCGCCCUGUCCGCGAGCUCGGACGUGAUGCCAGGUGACGAGCAGCAGGCCUGGUCAAGAAGAUUUUACGGUUCUGCGCGCAGUGGCCUCGAAUACGCAAAGGCCCUGCAGCGCGACAACCUCGAUGUCCUCUUUGCGGGCUUGCUCGCGUCGCGCUACAUGCUUCUGACGCGCCGCCCAGCCGAAGGCUCAACCCCCCUGACCACCGCUUUCCAGCUCGGUCUCUACCGCGACGGCACUGUGCUGAACCUGUCGGACAAGCGCGAGGUGGAGAUCCGCCGCCGCGCCUGGGCGAUGCUGUACCAUCUUGAUCGGACGAUCUCGCUGCUCGUCGGCCGUCCCGCUUCGAUCUCUGAUGCGCACACGGACGCGCGCCCGCCCGCCAACCUCGACGACGAGGAGAUUGAGAACCCAGACUUUGACCCGGCUGGGCAUCCGAUGACAAAGCCCACAGUGUACACAUAUGUGAUUGUGCGACACAAGCUCGCCGAGAUUAUGGGCCGGAUAGCAUACCACACCUUCACGAUCCAGCUGCCCGAUUACCAGACGGUCCUGGCGCUCGACAAGGAAUUGCUCGCCUGGCGCGAUGGGUUGCCGCCCUUCCUCGCGAUGAACAACCCAGACACGAGCUUUGACCAGACGCACCCUUAUCUCUUCGUGCAGCGCCAUCUCCUCGCUUGCGAGUGGUACUAUACGCGCAUCACACUCAACCGCCCCUACCUGCUCCGGCGAAAGCCGCAGGACGGGCGCUACGAGUAUUCGCGCAACGCUGCCAUUGAGUCGGCAACAGCUGAUCUUCUGAGUCGCCGCGCCUUCAUUAUGGAGAAGGGCGAGCUUAUCAUCAACUCGGGCGGUUACCGAGUGCUCAACUCGUACAUGGUCCUCGGUGUCACCAUCAAGCUCGACCCCGAGUCUCCUCAGGCGGACGAAUUGCGGCAUCUGCUCAACGUCGUCUCCGGAAGAGCUCGCGACGAGCAGGGGCGCAUGUCGGAGCCGAUCGUCAAGGAGGAGCUGGCAAUCGUCGAGUUCCUCACCGCCAAGAACCCGAGCAAGGCACAGACGAUGGCCGCGAACGGAGGACAAAACGGAGCGGCGCGAGCCGAGCCAAACGACGAGAAUACGCCCGUGGAUCUGCUUCUCGGACUCGCGAAGACGAACUCGGGCCGCCGCGCCGCCGAGGAAGAGAAACGCCAGCUGCGCCUCCAGCAGGCGCGCGAGCAAGAGGAGCAGCGGCAAGCGCGCAGGCGCGUGAUGCAGCAGGCGAACGGAAGCGGCGUGCCGAACCCGUGGAACUACGUGCCGCCCCAGAUGCCUGGACUGGACGUGCACCAGCCCUUCGGUGCGCGCCCGCGGCCGCAGCAGCUCGGCGGCCUCCCGCGCCCGCUCCAACCGCCAAAGCGCGACGAGGAGAACAAGCUCAACGCAACGUGGUCGCCUGAAAACCCGUUCAACUUCACCGACCGCUCGUCGCCGAGCUUCAGCGCCAACGCGAACAACAUGAUACAGGGCUUCCAGAACCAGGUCAACCUCUCGCCAUACCAGGAGAUGGGCAUCCUCCCCGGUUCCGGCCUGAGCCCAAGCGAACAGCUCGCACUGCAGGGCGCCGGCACCGCAGCCACCGCGAACGCGAACGCGGCCGCCGCCGCCGCUGCCGCCGAGAGUAAUGGCCACGCUCUAAAUUUCUCAGGGACGGGCCAGGAGUUCGGCAGCGCGGUGGACAACUUUGACUUCUCGGCGUUCGGGGGACCGCAGAGCGGCAUGGAGAUGGCGUUCAACCCGUUCGCUAUCCAGCAGACGGGCGAUGAGGGAUCCGGGAGCGAGCCGGGGCCAGACGACGAGACGACGUUCCUCAAUUUUAUCUUGACAAAGUUUGCAAACAGCUCGGGCGAGACCAUGUAGCGGCGAUUCUUUGGGUGCAGCUGUCGAUCGCAUACCCCUGUAUCCGUAUAUCCGGUUUAUGCAUGUUGGUUGAUGG